AUGACGACGGAAAAUCACGCGCUCUCGCCUAUUUUGCCCGGAAAAGGAGCCCGCUACUUUUUACGCCUGGGAAGCAAUGACACGCAGAAUGCAAAAACCAUUUUGGAAUUCUGUAUAUUGCAGCUACAACAAAAACGACUACAAUGCAACCAAGCAGUGGAAGAGCUAUUGGGUCCUGAAGCAACGUUCCCAUUGCGACCAUGGGCACUGAUUUUCACCAAGAACAAAGCAGCAUUGGAGCAAGCAUUGCAAGCUAUGAGUCAAGAUAUGAAGGCUGAUGGAUCGCGUUGGGAAGAUAGGAGGUGGUUGGAAGGUAUUCGCAUUUGCACCGUUGAGAAUACUCCACAAUUGAAGGCUGUGCUCUGUGCGUUACAUUUGUCUGGCAACGGUAGUGGCGGCGGAUCAGAUUUAUUAUCCUGGAUACAACGUGAGCAUGACAACCAACCACCCUGUCUCAUUGUGACGAUGGAUCUUUUACGACUUGUAUCCUCUAUACCCGAUGGAAAUGAUUGUCAGGAUGUGCAGCACGAUGGUCUAUGCAAAGUACUUUCACUGCUGGUGGAAACAUCCAACUAUUUGACCAAACAAAAAAGGCAAUUUUGGGAUGAUGGACUCGGGUGCAACAUUGGACUCUCGACAGACCUCUUGAUUACAGACAACAAUUACCUUGCUGAUCGACCACCAAAGGAGUUACUUGCUGAUAAUAGUCGAGCUAGAGUGAUUGAACGAUUGUAUAAUAUCCUCACAGCAUACGUAGAAUGGUUACCAGUAGGGAACAAUUAG